CUUAAACUAAGCUUCAGUUUUUUUAAGCUAAGCUUAAGUUUUUAAAUCGAGACCUAAACUCUGUUACGCUAAGUCUAUUAUCUUUUAAAUUAAACAAUAUAAAUUGUUUUAAACUAGACCUAAGUUUUAUUUUUCUUAACUAAGUUUCUUGAGUUAGGCUAAGGUAGGACUGAAUUUUACGAGUUUUGAUGCACGAAGACAAUCUGGAGAUUAUUUUAAGUACCUGCAGGUGUGUCAAAAUUGUAAAAAUCAUCCAAAAAUGAAUUUAUUCACAACUUAGCCAGACUAAAUUUUAAACCCCUAAAAGCCUCACCUUAAAAUAUUUGAUUCGACCUAAAAAAAAAUUAAGUUUGACUUAACUUAAGCCUACCUUAAAACUUAAGGUCAUUCUUAGGCUUAAAGAUUUUUUAGGCUAGACUUAUGUUCAGCCCCAGUGUAGCCUGGUCUAAUCUUUUGUUUUAGGCCUUAGCCUUAACUUAAAAAAAAACACUCAAACUUAGAUUAAGAAAUUAUAGUUCAGCCUAAAGGACUUAAAUCUGGCUUAGAAAAAAAACUUAGAUCUGAAUUAAGCCAACGAAGCCAGACUUAGUCGUGAAUUUGUCCCAACACUAGUUAGACAGUCUUAAGAUUUGAAGAAGAAGACUUAAGAAUGUUUUUAAGUAGGUAUUCUUAUUAAAAAACUAAAGGUUUUUAAAGUUUUUUUUUUAAUCUAAACUUAGGAUUUCUUAAGUCAGGCUUAAUAGCGCCUAAGACAUAAUUCGUAAAAAUCUUCAAAAAAAAAUCAUUUAGCCUGAUUCAGUUCAACUUAAGAAAUUUAAAGUUUCUCUUUAGGAAAUUAAAGAAAAGUUAAGUUUUUUCUAUAAAAACUUUUGACCCUUUUGACGUUUUUAAAAAAUCUUAAAUUUCGAUUUAGAAAACAAAAAAUUCUUAAUGAUUAUUAAAAAAAAAUCAAAAGUUUUGCUUAAUAAAACUUAAUAAAUCUUAACUUUUGCUUUAGAAAACUUUUAAAAAAAAUUAUUAAGAAAAAUGUGAAAAAAAUCUAAACUUUUUCUCAAGAAAACUUGAGAAGUCUAAACUUUCGCUUUCGUAAACUUAAGAAAUUCUUUAAAAAAAAAUUAAAUCUUAAGUUUUCCUUAACAAAACUUAAGAAAUCUGAACUUCAGAGAACUCAAGAAAUUCUAUAAAAAUAAAUUUAAAAAUCUUAAGAAACCUUAAAACUCGUGAAUUUCACCCAAUGUAAAGGGAAAACUCCUGAUCAGGAACAUUAAAAAAAAUCUUUUAAUCAAGAGAAGAAUUUGAGUCCCUCUUGGUUCCAUCUAAUAAAUCCCCCAGCAACACAUCUGCUGAGCAUUGCUGGGGAAUCACAGGUGAAGCAUUCCGUGGCGGGGGCUUAUCGCUUCCCUGAGCAUAAAGCCCCCGCGUUAGUAGAAAGCUCCUUCUGUUGCAAUUCUUUUUCAAUAAACAUUUAUUUAUACAUUUUUUCAUACAUUGGCAAUUUCCAUCGACGUUUCACUUUGAAUCGCGCGCAUGGCGAAAUAUCCACACAGUUGGGGAAGUGCUGCACACAGUGUGAGGAUCAGUUGCAAUUUUGCCGCGCUCGCGGAAAAGUGAUCUCGCAUCCCGCUAAUUGUUUUCUCGUGCGGAAUUAUUGCGGGAAAUUGUACAAACGAUAUAUCUACUUAAUGUGUGCUUAGUCAGUUGUGUUAUCUCCCCCGCACAAGAUGACCCUGACGUGGUUGGAGGAGACAGAUGAGGAAUUUCGUGAUCUCGAUCUUACGCAAUUGAAUGUCGAUCAGGCUCUUGUCAACAUAACAUCCUACUUCCCUGUACCACUGUGGGCCUACACAGCAUCCGCAGAGUGCCAUCGAUGCUACUUCACGCGCAACCAGGAGAUCCAUCGCAAUGGGGAGCUACUGCUGGAGGUUGAUACGAAAUUCCAUCUGCUGUGGCGCUUCUACAAGCGCAACCUCGGACGCUACACUGAUAGCACCAACAUCAGCGACUUCAUCUGCGAGGUACAGCCGGAUGUUGGGGAAUUCGGCGUGUAUGACAUUGUGAUUGAUUCCACGGGGAACUGCAAUGUCCACACAGCGCAUGAGCCCGUCAACAUCUACUGGCCCCUCCUAAUCUACUUGUUGAUCAUCAUAAAUCUCAUUGUGAUGUUUGUUGGCCUUCGAUGGGGCUACAGGAAGUUCAUCGCCAAGAAGCACGUUGCCACCAGUGCUGGAAGUUGCUCCACGGAGCUCCAAGGAAAGCCCCAGAGGCAUCGAUUGCGGAGUCUCGACACCUUUCGUGGGAUCAUCACCCUGAUCAUGGUGUUUGUGAACAACGGUGGAGGUUCGUACUGGUUCAUGGAGCAUUCCAUCUGGAAUGGUCUCCUUAUUCCCGAUCUCGUCUAUCCGUCCUUCCUCUGGAUCAUGGGGGUGUCCACUGCUCUUGCAGUUAAUAGCCAAAUAAGCCAGAAAGUCUCCAAAGCCAGUAUCCUCCUGCAGAUCCUCAAACGCUCUGUGAUCCUCUUCCUCCUUGGAUUGUUCAUCAACACCAUCUAUGGAGCUCAAUUCAAAACUCUCCGUAUUAUGGGGGUACUCCAGCGCUUGGGAAUUUGCUACUUUAUCGUUGCCUCCCUGCACACGAUCUUCCGACGAUCGGACAUUGUUACCCCGCCGAAUCCUCUGCGCGGACCCUACCAGGAUAUGCUGCUCCUCCUCCCCGAAUGGUGCAUUAUGCUAACACUCAUCAUCCUCUACCUUGCUGUGACGUUCUUCCUACCUGUUCCGGGUUGUGGUAGUGGCUACCUUGGGCCCGGUGGAAGGCAUGACUAUGGAAAAUUUCGAGAUUGUCCCGGUGGGGCCACGGGGUACAUUGACAACCUCAUUCUCGGAGAGAAUCACAUCUCGGAGUACGCCUCAACGACUGCUGUGUACGACUCAAAGCCCAUUGAUUCGGAGAAUCUCUUUGGGACCGUUCUCAGCGUCGUUCACACCUUCCUGGGGGUUCAGUGCGGGAUGACGUUGCUCGUGUACAGCCAUUGGAAAGCAAGGGUACACCGAUGGCUAAUCUGGGGCGUCACAUUGGGACUUCUUGGUGGGCUCCUCUGUGGCUUUUCACGCGAUGAAGGAUGGAUUCCCAUCAAUCAAAUUAUGUGGUCACUCUCAUUCGUCCUCGUGACCUCAUCCUUCGCCUUUCUUGCCUACACGCUCUGCUACUUUCUCCUGGAGGUACCCUUUGUGGCGAAAACCCUUCGAUGGAAUGGAGCCCCCUUCUACUUUGUCGGCAUGAAUACAAUUCUCAUUUUUAUCGGAGACGAAAUUUGCCACAGUAUGUUACCAUUUCACUGGCGUUUUGGGCGCAUGAAUACCCACUUUAUGCUCCUACUGGAAAAUGGCUGGACAACCUUCCUGUGGAUUCUCAUUGCACUCGCGCUCUACCAGAAGAAAUGGUUCUUCAUCGUUUGACUCCAAAGAUUUGUUUUAACUCUUUUUUUGUUUGUUUUAAAUUCAAAACGAUAAAAUUUAUAAAUAAAAUAAUUUUAUUGCAAUUUCUAUUUCAUUUCACAUUUUGUAUUUUUUUUUAAAUACGAAACUUCCAUCCUGGGCUUUUUAAUAUGUUGUAUAAAAAAGUAUUUUAUAAAAAAAAUAUUCCCUUCACAUAUUUUUUUUGAUUGUUAGACCGUUGUUUGUGGAUAAAUGCACAGGAAAAUGUACCUACAUUAGCUCAUAGAAAAAUCGGAGGAUUUUCUCAUAUAUAAACUGCGCAUGGGAGGAUUCUUAAAUUUCUAUAUAAAAAAAAUAAAUUCUCAUUUAGAUUUCCUUCAUCUCCUUAUUUUUUUGUACAAUGUUGGACAAUUGCUAUAGAUGGGAAAAUUUUCACAUUAAAUUUUCCAUUAAAUUUAUAUAAAAUUUUUAUCAAAUUUCCUCUCCCUUCUCUCUCUCUCUAUAAAUACUGUGUAUACUUGGAAUGUUAACCGUCGAAUUUUCUGCAUGCUUUCCUCAAUUAAAAA